AUGUCUGCAUCAGCCUCACCAUCUACCUCUACCCCACCUUCUUCGGUAGCGGGCCCAAGCAACACAAACGGCCAGAGAAUGCUGGAGAAUGAUGAAAAAAACAGCGUCGUAAUCAAAGUCGGGAUGGUAGGAGAUUCACAGAUAGGAAAGACGAGUUUGAUGGUCAAGUACGUUGAAGGAAGCUUCGACGAGGACUACAUUCAGACGCUGGGCGUUAAUUUCAUGGAGAAAACUAUUUCAGUGCGGAGAACGACCAUCACAUUCUCGAUAUGGGAUCUUGGCGGGCAGCGCGAAUUCGUCAACAUGCUGCCAUUAGUGUGCAACGACGCCGUCGCCAUUCUCUUCAUGUUCGAUCUUUCACGGAAAUCGACACUGAAUUCAGUGAAGGAGUGGUAUCGGCAAGCGCGGGGCUUCAACAAAACCGCAAUUCCAUUUCUGAUAGGCACGAAAUUCGAUACCUUCGCUACCUUCCCGCGAGACGAGCAAGAAGAGAUAACGAAACAGGCCAAGCGUUUCGCCCGGGCCAUGCACGCAUCCCUCAUCUUCUGCUCUACCUCCGCCUCCAUAAACGUCCAGAAGAUAUUCAAGAUCGUACUCGCCAAGGCCUUUGAUCUUAAAUGUGUGAUACCCGAGAUAGAAGGGGUUGGCGAACCAAUACUCAUUUAUGUGGACGUAUAG